CAACAAACAGCUGAUACGCGCGACCACUUUCUGACCGGCGGGCCGGCCGAACGCAUAUACGCAACGAAUUAGAUUAAAAAAUCCUUGAUUUCCUUUGGCUGCGCUUGCGUGGAGGCUUUCGUCGCAACGGCGGAUAUGUGGACAGACAGACAGAUUGUUGGGUCAACAUGUGGUGAUUAUCAGGGGGAGUAGGAGUGAUUGUGACUGCUAUAGAAAAUAGUGCUUGUUUUGUGUGAACAUUGGACGCUCUGCAGGACUUCGUGAACUGUAAAUAGAAUUAUUUCAAAAUGCUGAUUUUAAAGGUGGCACCAGUUUUCCUACUUGCACUCAUCGUGGCUGCUGAGAAGAAAAUCGAACUGGAAGACAUUGAGGAAGAUAAUUUGAAAAGUGAAAAGGAAGUUAAUAUAGAAAAGUCAGAGGCCAGAUCGGAAAAUCCGAGUUCGUCUUCUGGUAAUGGAUUGCUUCCUUUCGAGUUUUUGAAGAACGGAUUCCUGCGUUACUUUGAGAGUCCUACGCAUGCGCAGGCUCCGCAACAGCAGCGCUACGUUCAGCAGUACGCUGUGAGUGAAGCUCCUGAACGGGCUUCGGAUGUUGCGCCUAAAGUACAAUAUGGUCCGCCAGCAACCCAGCAAGCGAUGGUUGGCUACUUAUCGAAUGUUCCAAUGCAGAUUUAUUUAGUCCCACAAUAUUACAACGAGCAACAAGAGCAAGGGCCUAAUGCACAACCUGCAGUACAAUACGUCAAGCCAGACGUAACUAAAGUCGCGGCAUACCCCACUGCACCUGAAGCAGUACAAACGCAAACGAAUUUUGUAGAAAUCCCAACAUAUGUUACUCCAGCAGCAAAAACCUAUGUUCAGCAUUAUUCACCCCCAGUAACAUACGUACAAUACACUGCGCAACCGACUGUUGCCACUCAUGCUACAGUUGCUCCUGUAGUAGCUUAUCAGCCUGUUGUGCAGUAUCCUACAGCAAUAGCAGCUCCGCCUGUGGUAACGAAAGGUUACUAUGAAAAUGUACAAUAUUCAGAUGGUAAUACACUAGAAGAUAUACAAGAGACAGGUGAAGAAUCACAAAAGCAGUACUCCCCACAAUCUGACGUAACAUACACGAAGUCUCCUAAUUAUCCUAGAUAUUAUAAUUCACAUGCCCCUGUUAGACAGGAGUAUGGACAUAGUCCUGUGCCAGAAUUACCACCUCCAAGUCCUUUAUUAAUCAAAGCACCACCGCCGCAUUUAGCUCACAUACCUAAAGCUCUGCCUAUAUUUAGUAAACCAUUGAUAAAAACAGGAUACCCGUCUGGAAGCGGUCACGGGUAUACCCAAAGACCUUUCGAAGGAUAUGUACAACAUUAUAAAAGGCGACCAACUUCUUUACUCGAUUCUUAUAUACCCUCUAGUAUUCAAAUUGAAUAUCUUAAGAGAGGUUACACCAAAGAUCCUCUGGUGGCAUAUGAAGAGUUAUCGAGCGGUCGACAUUUCCCGCAUGCUCCAGUUGUUCCAAGGCAUUAUGAGCGUGGUUUCCUUCCCAACCAGAUGUAUCAGACCCCUACAGGCGGAGUUACGUACGGACAUUAUAAAAGGACACCGAAAGUAGAUAAAAUUAUAAAGAAAUAAUAAUUUUCAAGUCAAUAUUUAAUGUUAUUUCUUUUAGUUAUGUUUAAUGAAUGCAUGGUCUCUAGAAUGUAUGAACCGAACUGAUGUGUCGAGCGUUUAACGUUAUUAACACAGGUUAAUUGUUAUUUUAAUUUAAGAUAUAAUGUUAUAUUUUAUGUGGAAUGUAAAUUUUACCCCGGCUCAUUUUGUUAAAAACGUACUAAU